GUGUCACACGACGUCUGCCCAAGGGGGCCAAGGUCGUGCUCAGAUACAGGCAGCUUCAUUCUGCCCGUGCCCAUUUUUCCGCCCUGGCCCCAUUCCGUCCACACGUCAUUCUGUGGAUUAUGGCACCGCCUGGGAGCCCCAGCCGCGGCCCAGGCCCCCGCUGCGUUUGGUGCUGCACAAACCCAGAACAAAGAGCCCGUCCCUGCCCCCAAAGAGGUUCCGGCCCAAGGCCAGGAGGAGAGACUCCAGCCGGACACAGGCAGCCCCGUGGGUGCGUCAGGCGCCCUGCGCCCGGGCAUUUCACCCAUCGCAGGGUCACCAGCUGAGCCAGGUGCCUCCGCGGUGCCUCCAGCUCCGCCAAGCGACGCAGCUUCGUGCCAGCCCCUGGCUGGACUCCGUCCCUGCUCACCCCGGCUGCGGCUCGGCGCCAGAGGCGCUGAUCCAUAAACUACACGUGCCAGGGCAGCCCGAGCUCCCCUGCCCACCUCCAGGGCAGCAGCCCGGCCCAACAGGCGGCCAAUCGCUGCCACUGCCCCAGGCAGCACAUUACGCAGGCAGAGCAGCCGGGACAGGCUCUGGCAGCGGGGAGGGGCCCUGAGCGCUGCACUUCCCGCGCGGCUGGGCUCGGAGCGGCAGGGCGAGGACAGACCAGCCCUGCGAGGCCCGGCGCGCCAGCAGAAGCCAUGGUGCUGGUGGUUCACAUCCUCGCCUGCCUCCUGGGCACAGGCUCGUGGGUGGCCAUCAACGGCAUGUGGGUGGAGCUGCCCCUCAUUGUGCCCCGGGUCCCGGAGGGCUGGUACCUGCCGUCCUACCUCACUGUGCUGAUCCAGUUCGCCAACGUGGGGCCGCUCUUCGUCACCCUCAUGCACCACUUCCGGCCCGGGCGGCUCAGCGAGCCCGGCACCAUCUACACCAUCAUCAGCCUCGGGGCGCUGGCCUGUGUCCUGCUGGCCUUCUUCUGGCAGGAGACCAGCGUGGUGGGGGGCACUGCCCGCAGCACCGCCCUCCUCGUCCUCCUCUUCUUCCUCUCCCUGGUGGACUGCACCUCCUCCGUCACCUUCCUGCCCUUCAUGCUGCGGUUCCGGGCCCGGUACCUGACCACCUACUUCGUGGGCGAGGGGCUGAGCGGCCUGGUGCCCGGCCUGGUGGCCCUGGCCCAGGGGGUGGGAGUGGCCCGGUGCGUGAAUGGCAGCCUGGCGGGGAACGCCUCGGGCCCGGGGCUGCAGGUGGAGUACCAGCCGGCCCGGUUCUCCGUUCGCCUCUUCUUCCUCUUCCUUGGCGGCAUGAUGGGCCUGUGCCUCGCCGCCUUCGUCCUGCUCAACCACCUCCCGGCCGCCCGGCAGGAGCGGGCCAAGGAGCGGUUCCGGGCCCAGGCCCGGGUGGAGGCCGGCUCGGGCCUGCAGGCCGUGGUGGAGGAGCGGCCCAUGAUCAGCCCCACCGAGAGCCGCCGCCUCAGUGGCUACUUCGGCACCGGCACGUACUCCUGGCCCCAGGUGGCCUACAUCUUCCUGGUGCUGGCCUGGGUCAACGCGCUGACCAACGCCGUGCUGCCCGCGGUGCAGUCCUACUCCUGCCUGCCCUACGGCAACUCGGCCUACCACCUCUCAGCCACGCUGGCCGCCAUGGCCAACCCGCUGGCCUGCUUCAUCGGCAUGUUCCUGCCCAACAGGGGUUUGCUGCCGCUCGGGCUCCUGGCCGCGGCGGGCUCCGGGUUCGGCUGCUACAUCAUGGCCAUGGCGGUGCUCAGCCCGUGCCCGCCCCUGUUGCACAGCUACGCCGGGGUGACGCUCAUCGUGCUGUGCUGGGUUCUCUUCGUGGGCUCGCUGUCCUACGUGAAGCUGAUGAUCGGUAUGAUCCUGCGGGACGAGGGGCACAGCGCCCUGGUGUGGUGCGGGGCCGUGGUGCAGCUGGGCUCCAUGCUGGGGGCCCUCACCAUGUUCCCGCUGGUCAGCGUCUACAGCCUCUUCCGCUCCGGAGACGCCUGCACCACCCGCUGCCCCAGCUGAGCCGCGCAGACCCGCCGCGGCCUCCAGCCCGGGGGACUCUGGGCUUCCCCGGGCUCCCAGAUCAGCCCUUGGACCACUAGUCCUACUGGCCCAGCACCGCCGCCCUCUGCUGGAUGAAAUCAGAACUGCGCCAGCCAGCAUCAUCAGCCCUGUACUGCUGUCAGCUACCGGUGAUUCUCCAUUGGCUCGAGUCGGGGCGCCUGGGCCGAGGAGCUGGAGGUUUUGACCUUUGUACUUGCUGUCACUGGGAUGCAGGGAGUGGGCAGUGUGCAGUGCAGAGCUAACUCGCAUGGCCUAGAAGGCCACAGAUGUGUUUGUUCCCCUCAGGUUAUUACACUGUGCCCACCACCCCGGCAUCCUGGCCCCUGGGGACAAUUCUAAGCACUGAGCAAGAGCCUCUCCAGUAACCCCCUGGUAGAUCAGCAUUAUGCCCCUUUUACACAUGGGGAAACUGAGGCACUGGGAGGGGACGGGACUUGCCCAAGGUCACCCAGCAAGUCAGUGGCUGAGAUGGGACUAGAACCCAGGCGUCCUGCCACCCGCUGCUGUGCAGGAUGACAGGAGCAGCCCAGUGCCGUCAGAGAUCCCCAUCACCUGGGCUGCGCUCGUUCACCUGCUGAGCCGCCUGGUAAAAGCUGCUCCAGGGAACAACCACCCCCCCCCCCCAAGGGGGUGUGAAACGUCCGAGCCAGGGUGGGCUGGACGCUGCUCCCCGGCCAGCUGUCCUCGCUCAGCCUGUCCUGAAUGGCCAGUGGGGGGACAGUGUGGCGUGGCCUCCCUGCUUAGACUAAAGGUCACCAGGAGUGAUGUGUAUGAAACCCGCGCGUCAUGGUGUUUGUCCCCUCUAGCGGCUGGGCCACAGAGGAUAAGAGCCUACUGCUGCCGCCGCAGUACGUGACCAGAGUGACUCCUCUAGCUCAAACAGCACAACUCUGUGCCGUGAGCCCGAAGGGCCCCAGUUCUAAUCCUGCUGCCUACGUGUGCCCGAAACAUUCCCUGGUAGGCAGCCUGCCCCCCUGUGGGAGCUAGCACCAAGCUGCUCCUAGUGCAGGUCCUAGGAAGGGGUGGGGGACCCCAACAGCCCCCAGGUGUGGCAUUAAUCCCUGGGUGGAGGUUUGGCUCCCAUUCUGUGUCUUGCCUGCAGGCCAGCCACAGGUUCCCAAACAAGCUCCCCGGGGGGGAGAGGGGGUGAUUCAAAGGGGGUUCCCUGGGGUGCUGCAACCUGGCACUGUGGCUUACCAGCCGGGGCACCGUCUCACAGAGCGAGGCUGUGGCAAGCUGCAAACCCCUCCAGGUCCUGCACUCACCCAGCCAUCCACAGGCGGGGACACACUCAGCUGAGUUACAUGACUGCUUCUCACAGCAGAGAGACCCCAGAGCUGCACCAUCCUGCCCUGACCAGCGUCGGUUUAUAACCCAGGCCGCCCCUCCCUCAAUGUGGAGAGGACAUGCACCAGCUUCUGCAUACUAAGCAGAAGUUUGCCCGGCACUUCAAGCAAAAUACACAGUUUUAGUUAAAAUGUAAAACCCGUUUAUUAACUCCAGAACGAUCCAUUUUUAGUGGAAGGCAGAACAGGACAAAGAUGGUUACCAAAGAAAAGAAAAUAAGUAAAUUCUAUAAACUAAAGAGGAUUUGAAUCAAGCAAUGUCCUCACCCCACUGCGGGUUACAGUCCUUAACACACAGACUUCCCUCCUGACGUCUGAACCAGUGUCCUCCAAUGAGCUUCAUCUUCUCGCCAUCCCUAGGGUUACCAUAUCUCAAAAAUAAAAAAAGAGGACCCUCCACGGGCCCUGGCCCCGCCCAUUUCCCCACCC